CAAAGCUCAAAACCGCAUACUUAUCUGUCACACCGGGGCAAGGCGGUGCAGCUCCACACGGAACGUGCCUAGCUUAGCUUCGCCUACCUAGGCCGCUGCCUGCCGGGCCCUAUAAAUCCCUCGCGCCGCGGCGAGCUGCGGAGGGGAUAUCUCGGCGAGCUGUCUGUCCGUCCGUCGUGUUGCACAAGCUCUCGUCAUUGCUCGCCUCAUUCACAGCUAGCUACUUAGCUACGAGCUCGUGCUGCCGGCCGGCCGGUCAUGUCGUCGACGACGCAGAGCGCGGCCGUGUCGGCGAAAUGCGCGGCGUGGGCGCAGGAGCGGCGGCCGUUCACGCACCCGAUCGAGAUCCCGGCGGCCUCGGGCGCGCCGGACGAGCGGAGGGGCCGCGGCGAGGAGGAGGACGGCGGGGAGGUGGAGCCGCCGCACGUGCUCAUGGCGCGGCGCAGGGCGGCCUCCUCGGUGUGCUCCGGCCAGGGGCGGACGCUCAAGGGCCGGGACCUCACGCGCACGCGCGACUCCGUCCUCCGCAUGACCGGCUUCAUCGAGAGCUAGCCCCUCCUUGCCGCGCGCGCGCGCGCCCGCCUGUCUCGCUCGUGGCCAGCGGCGCGCGGCCGGGCUCAAGGGUCUUCUUGGGUUGAUCCAGUUUGUGUAGUAGAGUAAAUAAGAUAGCUACGGAGCCUAGGGGCGGAUGCCGCUGAAUUUUCUUCAAUCGGUCUCAUUUGUGAAUUGGUUGGAAUCGGAAGAGCGAGAUGAAAUUUAAUCCGUUGGUGUAAAACUUA